GAACCGUUGUCCUCAAGGAUCACGAUCAAGUGCGGCCUUCGCGAAGAUGAGUGUACGGCAAAACGAGGACAGGGCGUCCAAAGAGAACGGGGACGCGGUGGUGACCGAAACGGUGACGACCAGCGUGCCCAUGGACUCGGAAGCGUUGCGGGCAACAGCGGGUUCCACGCCCCCGCUGCACCCCCGGGCCUCCCCGUUGCACAAGGCCAAGCCGUCCAAGGAGAAGGCGCGCGCUCAGACCAAGGGCGACAAGCAGCGCUCCGUCCUGUCUAAGGCUCGCUCGCGCUCCAGGACGAGCGUGUCGAAGCUGAACGGCUCCAGAAGCACGGGCACUAAGCAGGCCAGGAAGCCCGCGCCGCCCCUUCCACCUCCUCGUCCUCCUUCGCCUGCUCCGCCUAAGUUGAGGAAGGCGCAAGCGGUCCCAGCCGGUCCGCUGGCGACGUCGACGCCGAGCGAGUCCCUCGUGUCGUUUUCGAAGGAGGUGAGCAACGACGACCUGCAGCUGCCUCUGCUGCCAACGCGGCCUACGAGCUCGAGCCAGAAGAAAGCGCCGGCCGUGCCCGAGGAAGUGAAGAAGAGCUCGCGGAGCGACCCUAAGGGAGCCGCGAUGCAGGCACCACCGAAGCAGGCGGCGGGCGAGUCGUCCAGCGGUACGCAGGUCGCCGGCCAUCGGCAGCGUGCGGCCUCCUCGGAUUCCAGCCGGCCAUCCACGAAGCCGUUCCAGACCUCCAGGACGUCCUCUGUGACCACAAUGUACAGCCCGACCGGAAGCGGCAUCUCGGUGCAAACGAAGGCGCGGGAGGCUCCGGACCCGUACGAGAUGGCGCCACUUCUGGAAGUCUUGGUGGACGACCUGAGGGAAGUGACGCAAGACUUCGGCAGGCGCUGCUCCUGGCAGACGGGCGCCCUCGAGGAGACGUCGGUGCCCAGGCUCCCUUUCAGCUCCACUACCGGGAGCGCCCAGCCGGCGCCUGCUGCAGCGCGGGCCUCCGGCCGGCCGAAGCCUCCCGAGGGAGGCUUGGAUUUCUUCUCGUUCGCGGUGGGCACAACGGCGAGCUCCAUGCUAUUCAUCGUGGUCCUGUACUUCUUCAAGGGCCUACGCUCGCCCAUGUCCAACUGCGGCGGGCAAAACUGCAGCGACUCGAGCGCUUCCUACGCCCCGCACAACUGACCAUGCCGUCCAGCAACGCGUUUCCCUUCUGAGACAACGACAAUUCUUUUUUUUUAUAUAUACAUGUAUAAUGAAGCGAAACUCAUUCACGUGA